AUGGGCGAGGACGCUGAAAGCACCAAAAUCAACCACACCUUCCUGCGAGACUACGUCACCGAAGCUGAUGUCAUCUCUACGGUGGAGUUUAACCAGACGGGGGACCUGCUGGCCACGGGGGAUAAAGGUGGCCGAGUGGUCAUCUUCCAGAGAGAGACUGAGUCCAAAGGGGAAUCGGAGGAGGUGGAGGAGACGGGGGACUCUGGGGAGUACAAUGUCUACAGCACAUUCCAGAGCCACGAGCCGGACUUUGACUACCUGAAGAGUCUGGAGAUCGAAGAGAAGAUCAACAAGAUCAGAUGGCUGCCCCAGCAGAACGCGGCACAUUUCCUCCUCUCGACCAAUGAUAAGACCAUUAAAUUGUGGAAGGUGAGCGAGAGAGACAAGAGGCCGGAGGGAUACAAUCUGAAAGAUGAGGAGGGGCGGCUCAAGGACACCUCUACCAUCACCUCCCUGCAGGUGCCGGUGCUGAAACCCACAGAUCUGAUGGUAGAGGUCCGUCCCAGGCGAGUGUUCUCCAACGGGCACACCUACCACGUGAACUCCAUCUCAGUGAACAGCGACGGGGAGACCUACAUGUCGGCUGACGACCUGCGCAUCAACAUGUGGCACCUGGGCAUCACGGACCGCAGCUUCAACAUCGUGGACAUCAAACCAGCCAACAUGGAGGAUCUGACGGAGGUGAUAACCGCGGCGGAGUUCCACCCUCACCACUGCCACCUGUUUGUGUACAGCAGCAGCAAGGGCACCCUGCGCCUCUGUGACAUGAGAGCCUCGGCGCUCUGUGACCGACACACCAAACUGUUUGAGGAACCUGAGGAUCCGGGGAGCCGCUCCUUCUUCUCGGAGAUCAUCUCCUCUGUGUCGGACGUCAAGUUCAGCCACAGCGGGCGUUACCUGCUGACCAGAGACUACCUCACCGCCAAGGUGUGGGACUUGAACAUGGACAAGGGCCCCGUGGAGACGUACCAGGUCCACGAAUACCUGAGGAGUAAGCUGUGUUCCCUCUAUGAAAACGACUGCAUCUUUGACAAGUUUGAGUGUGUUUGGAACAGCUCCGACAGCGUGAUCAUGACGGGGGCGUACAACAGCUUCUUCCGGAUGUUCGACAGGGAGACGGGCCGAGGCGUAACCCUGGAGGCCUGGCGGGAGAGCAGCAAGCCCCGGGCCGUGCUGCGGACCCGCCGCGUGUACAACGGCGGUAAGCGGCGCCGCGGGGACGUGGGCGUCGACAGCCUGGACUUCACCAAGAAGAUCCUGCACAUGGCUUGGCACCCGUCUGAGAACAUCAUUGCCAUAGCGGCCACCAACAACCUGUACAUCUUCCAGGAUCGCGUCAGCCCGGAAACCCAGUUACAGUGA